CACCCUCUGCUGACUACAGCUUGUACAAUUGAAACGCUCUCACUCUGUGUUCCGCCCCCAACACGCAAGAAAGAGGGAGAGAAAAACACAUAUGGUGGUAAUUGAAACAUUUUUGCAGCAGGCGUUCACAAAGACUUAAAGAGCAGCUCAAAAACAAGGACACUGAGUCGAGAUGUUCGUCCUUUCUGUUUUUCUAGCCAGUUUGGUCAUCAUACCAUUCGCACUGAAAACUUUCUCCCCGUAUCUCUGGAUGGAUAUCCUCUAUAUAGCAGAUCUGGUGCGGAUUAUGGUGAAGUUUGUGUCGCGGCGAAGGAGAAGACCGCUAUUCUUCGUCCUGGACCGCUUCUUGGAGCAGACCGCCGCGCAUCCGGACAAACGCUUCAUUGUUUUCGAAAAUGAAAGCUACUCGUUCAUGGAUGCAGACAGAAGGAGCAACAAGAUCGCCAAUGCUCUGCAGGCAUCCUCCAAGUAUGAACCCGGCUGCACCGUUGCGCUCUUCAUGGGCAAUGAGCCCGCGUACAUGUUUACCUGGCUGGCGCUGGCCAAGUUAGGCUCCCCCGUGGCUCUGCUCAAUCACAACAUCCGCUCCAAGUCCCUGCUGCACUGCUUCAGCUGCUGCAAUGCCCAAGUGCUGAUUGCAGCUGCAGAGCUGAAGGGAGCAGUGGAGGAGGUGCUACCCUCACUGAGAGAGCAGGGCGUGAGCAUCUUUCUAAUGGCCAAGGAAUGUGACACACCUGGGAUUGACAGCCUGACUGAUCAAGUGGAAAAGGCCUCAGACUCCCCACUGCCUCACUCUCUCAGAUCACACAUCACAUUCAAAACUCCUGCCGUCUACAUUUAUACAUCAGGAACUACAGGUCUCCCUAAGGCGGCUGUGGUCAACCAUAAUCGUCUUUUAAUAGCUCUGGCUGUGCUGUCUUCCAAUGGCGUUACCUCCGAUGACAACCUCUAUCUCAACUUACCUCUCUACCACACGGCUGGAUUCAUUGUCGGCUUCAUCGGCCCCAUUGAAACAGGUUCCACUAUCAUUCUGAGGAGGAAGUUCUCUGCCUCUCAGUUCUGGGACGACUGCAGGAAAUACAACGUGACUGUAGUUCAGUACAUUGGAGAGGUUCUGCGUUACCUCUGCAGCACCCCCAAGAGAGACAAUGACAAGGACCACAAAGUUCGACUAGCCUUUGGCAACGGCGUCAGAGCGGAGAUCUGGAGAGAGUUUCUCCAUCGCUUUGGGAACAUUGAGGUUCGAGAGUUUUAUGCCUCUACUGAGGGAAAUGUUGGAUUUGUCAACUAUGUAGGGAAGAUCGGAGCAGUUGGACGAGUGAAUUUUAUACAUCGGAAGCUGUUUCCCUACACUCUCAUUAAAUAUGACACAGAGAGAGAUGAACCAGUUAGAGAUGCAAACGGCUUCUGCAUAGAGUCAGCCAAAGGUGAGACAGGCCUGCUGGUGUCAAAGAUCACCGACCUUGCCCCUUUUGUUGGCUAUGCCCAAAACGAACAGCAAACGGAGAAGAAGAGACUGCGAAAUGUUCUCAAGAAAGGAGAUCUAUACUUCAACAGCGGAGACCUGCUCAGGAUUGACAAAGACAACUUCAUUUACUUCCAGGAUCGUGUAGGGGACACAUUCAGGUGGAAAGGCGAGAAUGUGGCCACAACCGAAGUAGCUGACAUCCUCACUCUUGCUGAUUGCAUCAAAGAAGCCAAUGUCUAUGGAGUUCAAAUACCAGGCCAUGAGGGGAGGGUAGGAAUGGCAGCCGUCGCUGUAAAAGAAGGUGCCCAGUUUGAUCCAAGCAAAAUAUUUAGCCACGUGGUCAGCUACCUACCCUCGUACGCCCGCCCGCGCUUUAUACGAUUACAGAACGCUGUGGAGGUGACGGGGACUUUCAAGCAGCUGAAGGUGCAGUUGGUGAAGGAAGGCUUUGAUCCGGGCUGCAUCCAGGACCCCCUCUACAUCCUUGAUGACCAGGUGAAGAGCUACACGCCGAUGACAGCUCAGAUCUACAACUCCAUCGUGACAGGAGGCAUGAAACUAUGAGAAGACUCGCUCCUCAUAGUCAGCAACACUGUUGAAGACGUCUACUAUUCUACUAUUACCAGUGAUAAUCACUGAUAAUCUAAUCUUUUUGAUACUAAUCAUUCAAUGCAUGUGUAGUAAUAGAAAUGCGACAGAAUAACAUAAUGUUGUGUUUGUAGAAAGCAACACAUGGGAAUCAAAUGUACAAUGGGAUUAUAAGAACUGUUUAUAGAUGUGUAUGGAAAAGACAUUGACCAGUUAUCAUAUGAAUAUUUAUAUUUCAUGGCAGUCCUCACAGAGAACAAAGUAUAAGAGCGCAGUUAUUCCAACAACUUAGUACUGCAUAUGUUCACAAGGUGGUGGCAAAU